GCCGGACGGCCCCGGGCACCGCGCCUUUUGUCCCCGCGCUCCCGGGAGGUUGGCGACGGGACCCCGACGCCGCCGAGCAGCAUGGGCAGCGGGCGAGGCGCGGGGGGCAGCGGCCGGACCGUCCCGGGCGUGCUGCUGGUGCUGGCCGCGCUGCUGGGCGCGGGGUCGGCCGGCGAGUACGACUACGUGAGCUUCCAGUCGGACGUCGGCUCCUACCAGAGCGGGCGCUUCUACAGCAAGCCGCCGCAGUGCGUGGACAUCCCGGCGGACCUGAGGCUGUGCCACGACGUGGGCUACGACAAGAUGGUGCUGCCCAACCUGCUGGAGCACGAGACCAUGGCGGAGGUGAAGCAGCAGGCCAGCAGCUGGGUGCCGCUGCUCAACAAGAACUGCCACAUGGGCACCCAGGUCUUCCUCUGCUCGCUCUUCGCGCCCGUCUGCCUGGAUCGGCCCAUCUACCCGUGCCGCUGGCUCUGCGAGGCGGUGCGCGACUCGUGCGAGCCGGUCAUGCAGUUCUUCGGCUUCCACUGGCCCGAGAUGCUCAAGUGUGACAAGUUCCCGGACGGCGACGUCUGCAUCGCCAUGACCCCGCCCAACGCCACCGAAGCCUCCAAGCCCCAAGGUACAACAGUGUGUCCACCGUGUGACAACGAAUUGAAAUCUGAGGCCAUCAUCGAACACCUCUGUGCAAGCGAGUUUGCACUGAGGAUGAAGAUCAAGGAAGUGAAGAAGGAGAACGGUGACAAGAAGAUUGUCCCCAAGAAGAAGAAGCCCCUGAAGUUGGGGCCCAUCAAGAAGAAGGAGCUGAAGCGGCUCGUGCUGUUCCUGAAGAAUGGUGCCGACUGCCCCUGCCACCAGCUGGACAAUCUCAGCCACCACUUCCUCAUCAUGGGCCGCAAGGUGAAGAGCCAGUACCUGUUGACGGCCAUUCACAAGUGGGACAAGAAAAACAGGGAGUUCAAAAACUUCAUGAAGAAGAUGAAGACUCACGAGUGCCCCACUUUCCAGUCUGUCUUUAAGUGACCCUGGGGCGGGUUGGAAGGGAGUGUGGGCCGGGUGACGGUGGGAAGAGUGAAUGACUCUGGUUCUUGGGGUUCACACACUGCACCUGCCCAUCACAGUUGUGGCCUUGGAACUCUAGCUGGAUCUGUUCCACAGAUUCCCACCCCUCUCCCUUCCCAGCACGCUCAGACCCCAGCAUAGCCACAUCCAGAUGUGUCCAGGGCCCUUUAGAUUAGGAAGGCUUUUAAGGGCUGCAGCGGGGCCAGCAGUCACUGUAAAAGGAGGGAAGAAUCCUUUCACCUAGUCUCAGGAGCAAAAACGAAAAUGUUUGCCAGUUUUAAAAAAAGGAUUGGGCCGAAAGUGCCAGAGGGUAGCAAAGUUGUGCAUCGUUAGGCUGAGCAUCCUCACGCAGGCUGCGGACAGUUUCUUUGGCUAAUCCAAGCCUUUGCAGGUAGAAAAUUUCGACUAUUGGCACAUCAUGUCACUUUCUGUUCCGUGUGCUAACUCUGCGUUACACAGAAACAGACACCCUCUCCUCUCCCCUACAUCAACUCUCAAAGUAACCUUGGCAGGAGGGAGCACAGUGCAGUGGGACAGAAAGGGGCUGGACAGGAGGCCGCUGUCUGUGCUGCCCUGGGCAGAAUUGUUGGGCUCGGGUGCCCCGUUAAGUGGCCAUUUCCAGAAAUCAGUCCCUCUGGAUACAAGAAUGGCACAGGCCUGUUUUCUUGUGGGGAAGAGGAGCACAGUGAGCACAAGAAGACAUGAGCUUCCAGCUGAGAGGGGAGUGGGUAGUGGUUUUCAAAACAGUGAAAGAGAAAAAACAGCCCAGCAGAUGACUAGUCAGAGUGAAUUGUGAAAUUCGGUGAAGAGCUGCACGUUCUAAUUUCGCCUCUCAGUUCAUUUCACAUUUGCGAAAGAACAGCAGCAACACAAACAAUGGCCAGACCCCAGUCGCUUUUCAGGGCUUGGGGAACAGUCCACACUGAGCAUUUGGAAGAUGAACCUAGACCAAAGUCUUGGACCUGCCCAAGGCUUGCCUCUUAAUGAGCACCCUCUGCGCACCCGGCGCAACCACGGAGGCUGAGAGCAUCCAGAGAGGUGCCCGGGCUCUGCUUUUCUGCAAGGGAACAUUCCUUUAAACAUGAUUGCGUAUAGUUCAAAGAAAUUCAGAACAGUUGCCUGCCUGGCCACUCCACUUUGACUUUUGUACUCCACCCCCCAGUGUUUUCAGAGGCUGAAUGUCCCCAUCCAAGGAGCCGGUUUCAAAGGCAAGCCUUCUGUUUUCUUCCCAAGGGCCUGAUGAUAUGUUAUGCUUAAUAAGUGAUGUAAAUAAACCAGUUCUUCUAGGCAGCAUUACUUUUGUUCAACUAGAUGAAGUAGUUCUAGAAAAUGAAUGUUAAUUUCUUCCACCAAAGUUUGAUUCUUCCCUACCACAUCUCAAGGGCCAUAGUGGCUGUCCCUCUUGCAUACCCAGUCAGGGGCACCAGAGAGUGUGAGCAGUUGCCCAGUGGCCCUGGACGGCACAGAAACAGUGGAAGAUUCUGUUAACUUCUGGAAGACUCCAACCUGAAAAUCAGCAUGCCAAUCUAGUUACCUCCCACAGUGGGAUUUUUGACCUAAAUAACUUCUCACGAUUAAUAAUCUCAUUAUCUUAACACCUUUAAAAAUUCUCUCUCACCUUUAAUUAUAAAGUAUUAGGGACCUUAAAUGAUUUGCCUGUAAUUUUGGAUGAUUUUAAAAUGUGUCUGUAUAUUAGUAAUCAGAAGCAUCUUCCUUUCCCAUUGUCCAACAGAAUUUCAGAGCAACUUCAUGCUGUGUAGAGCUGGGUCUUUGGUCUCAAGUUCAGUGCUCAUGGGUGUCUGCUCAUUUGGGCAAGGUGUGCAAUGCAGUAGGUCCCUCUCCAUGUGGCAGGGGGCUUUCUAGAUGGGUUUUUCUGGGGUGUUAGCAGUUCCACAGAAAGAAAACCAGGGAGCUAUGCUGGACACCUCUGUGAGUAGGACUCCCCAGGUAGGAGGCAACACUUUCACAAAGGAUUCACAAUAAUAUUGUCGUGUGAGAGGCAGCUGCUGUUUUCUCCCAUUCCAGAGUCCCUCCCUGGCUUUGGAGUUCCACUGUGUUAAUUCAGUAAGGACUUUAGACAAGCACAUACCAAUUUUGUCUACACCACAUCAGCAGUUCAGGACAAAGGGGAGACUAUCCAUGAACCCAAAGCUGCAUGAUCACUAAGCUUUGUUCUCAACAAAAGGUAUAACAAAUCAAUGUGCAGACUCAUUGGCUUAGUCAUUGGCUUCCAAAAGAGAAGGUCCAUAAGCAUUCUGGUCACCUUUGCUAAUGCAAAGGUCAGAUUCGGAACGCUCUACAGUAGUCAUUCUGGAGAGUCUGAGGAGGCCAAACUCAACUAACCAUUUGUAGAGGAUCAGUAGUUGUCUUAGAAGACAGAUGGGAGAUAAGAAUUCUAAGACCAUUUUACUUAAAAAAAAAAAAAACCCUGUAUAACCCUUGGCCCCCAGGAUUGGUGGGUUAGCCCCAAGUUCUCCCCAAGGCAGUGUCUAAUCAGAGCUCCAGGUUUCUUUUGAAUUCGUAAAUUACAGAAACUCCAUUUCCCAAACCUAGAACCUGUUUUUCUCAUUAGAUUCCAUGUAACUAAUUGCUCUGUUGCAUCUUCACAGAGCUGGAGGGGUUCAAGACAUUUCAGAGUCAUAGGCCACUUUGUGAUCAGCAUGUGGCCUCUCUGACCUCUCCUAAGGAUGUACAUGGGAUUCCUGUUGGUCCUAGUUCCUUUAUGGCAUCUCCUCUGUUAGAGUC